CCUGUUGCCAUAAAGGACCGUGACUGGUGAACGGAACAUAAAUUAUAAUAGUGGUAUAGUUUAUUUACAGAUUCGAUCGUGGGUACGUAGCAAUCCAAGCAUGUAUAAAUUGUGUUGAACACUGGCAAACGAUUUUAUUUAAUUUUUUUAAACGGACAGCAACUUGAUUUUAACUUGCUUUAGGAUUCAGCUAUCGGGCAUCAGGAAAGAUCAUGGCAGACGAUGCAAUUUCCGUUAAAGACUCUGCCCGGGGUCAGACAUCGUCCAGGCGAAUGGUUAUAGAAAUGCUGACUAGAAAGUUUGAAAGGCUACCUGAUAUCGACAGGAAGCUGUUUACAUACGGCCCUGUGUAUUUGGCUGGCAACGCUGGUUUUUCAGGCUUGAUUGCCAAUAGCCUUUACCGACGUGCACUCAAUGUCACCCAAGGACGAUUUACUUCCAGUCUUCCUAUGGCUGUUCUUCCUUUUUUGACAACAGCAGCACUGUACACUGCUACCGUCACAAGUCCUUUAAUGUCAGGUGACUUGAACUGCCCAACAUGCACCCUGAUAAGAGGAGCAUUGGUGGGUGUGGUUGGUGGUGGCAUAUAUCCUAUUUUGUUAGCCUUACCUGUCAACGCUGGACUUGCAGCCAGGUAUAAUAGUGCACCAAUGCCAGAGAAGGGAAAUGUCUUGCGCUUCUGGAUGAAUCUCAGCAGACCCAUUGUACGAAAAAUGUAUGCUGUUCUGCUGCUGCAGGGUUUGUUUGGAACCUACUUGAGCUCAAAGCACUUUGACAUCUACCUAAAAAUGCUAAAAAUACACGAUUCAGACAGUGAAAAUCUUCAUGAUUAGUUAACGCUUAAACUUAUACAUUGUAAAUAUGUUGUUAAUCAAGUUAAAUAAUCUCAAAUAAAUGUUGCAACCCUGUUUUAUCAUGCCAAUUCUGUUUGUUUUGAAAUUUCAUCACCAAUAAAUUAUGACUUUGUGCACAAAUCUUCUUUUUAACUCAUCUGAAAUUGAUUAGAAUAAGGCUAAAUUAACCAAUGCUUCUACAUGAAAGUGAGAAGCAUCUGAAUCAGUCUAGUGUUUUAUUCAUAGAAAAUAUGA